AUGGCUGGUGAGCUCAAGAUGCAACCAUUGUCGGGUUCCAAACCCAAGACUAACAAUGUUCCCUCUCCAGAUCCGCAAUGGUCAACGAUUUCCACAAGGCUACUACUCGCAGAGCUCCAACGACGCAAGGAAGACGGCGAGAGACCAGCUUGCGGCAGUAAGGAAACUGGGUGGUAUGAUACUGUGGCGCACAUCUUUGCGUUGCUAUUAAUCUUGACCCUGAGCACACUAGGGACUGGAGUGCUGCUUGCUACGGCAUUCGUGCACCUGCUCCCAAUGGCAUUCGAAUCCCUAACCGACCCGUGCUUGCCCUAUUUCUUCAGCCAAGGGUAUACGCCACUUCCUGGCUUCGUGGCCAUGGUGUCUGCUAUUAUGGUUGUCGGCGUCGAAUCCUACUUGACAGCACGUGGUGCCGGCCAUUCGCACUCCCACGUGCACAACUAUUUCGACAGCGACGAAAGCGACGGUGGCGGCGAGUUUCAGGAUGUACCGCUUCAUGAUCACCCUGGCAUGUCUGGGGGACGGACGAGAAAUCACAGACCGCAGGAUGUUUCAGUGGGUGACGACGCCGAGGCCACGCAGGGUCUUGUGGCCGGGGUGUCGCCGGUCCCCGAAUCCACGCCUACCACAACCACACACCGACGCGCAUCCGCAGAAAACGAGUUCAAUGAAGGCGAUUCUGAUUUGGAACUUGACAUGGAUGAACUGGACCCUGCUCCUGUCAAUGACAAUCGCAAUGGCGCAUAUGCCUCCUUAACAAAGCCUGGGGCUCGGACGGACCCAUCGGAGCCGACUCUACACCCGAAGUCACCGGAGGAGACUAGACGACAGCUUCUGCAGUGUCUUCUACUUGAAGCUGGUAUUCUAUUCCACAGCGUUUUUAUUGGAAUGGCUAUUUCUGUAGCCACCGGACCAGCAUUUGUCGUCUUCUUAAUUGCCAUCAGCUUCCACCAGUCUUUUGAGGGUCUUGCUCUAGGCAGCCGCAUUGCCGCUAUAUCGUUUCCCAAAAACUCGAUCCGGCCGUGGCUCAUGGUUCUAGCUUAUGGCUUCACAACGCCCCUUGGUCAGGCCAUUGGUCUGAUUGUCCACAAGAUGUAUGACCCUGCGUCCAUGGGCGGCCUUUUGGUGGUGGGAUUUAUGAAUGCUAUCUCGUCAGGUCUCUUGUUAUAUGCGGGCCUGGUACAGCUCCUGGCAGAGGAUUUCUUGACAGAGAAAAGCUAUCGCGUCCUCAAGGGCAAGAAGCGCCUUCAGGCGUAUCUAGCUGUGGUUGCUGGUUCUCUGCUGAUGGCCAUUGUGGGUGCAUUUGCAUAG